AUAAGAGAAAAAUAUAGCAGUAAAAAAACAAGAACGGUUGCUGUUGGAAACGUUUGGACGGAGAACGGAGAAGAACAACAACACAAAAUUAGUAAAGCAAAUAUUAACAUAAAGAUUUUUGAUAACAACAAAAGAAGUGUUGUUAUAAAUUUGCAAGUUGAGGAAACAACAAUUGAAAGUGAUUUGACUGGUGGUGCUAAAAACCACAAUAACAACAAAUUGUUAUUAACAAUAAUAACAAAGAAACCCCAAAAAUCAGUGACGAAACGCAAAAACAGAGAGAUAAUAUAGAUAAUAAAAAAUAAUAACAACAACAAGAGUGAAAUAACAAAAGAAACGCAAAAAUGUGCGGUGGAUUUACGUGUUCAAAGAAUGCAUUAAUUGCCUUAAAUAUUUUAUAUGUGAUGGUGGGCUUCCUACUGAUUGGUGUCGGUGUCUAUGCUCGUGCUGCUUCAAUUGUUACAAAUCUUCCCAUUGUUGGCGGUAUACUGGCAUGCGGCAUUAUCUUGAUACUCAUAUCGAUAUUGGGUCUAGCUGGUGCUGUUAAACAUCAUCAAGUUAUGCUGUUUUUCUAUAUGAUCAUUUUGUUUUUGCUCUUCCUCAUACAAUUCUCCAUUGCCAGCUCGUGUUUGGCUGUCAACUCGGAGCAGCAACAAGAAUUUGCUGAGGAGGGAUGGAAUCGAGUGCCAGCAUCGAUGCACAAACAAGUGCAGGAUACAUUCCUUUGCUGUGGUUUCAAUUCCACAAACACCACGGCCGAUGAGUCCUGCGAAUUGGUGAACAAACAGUGCUGUCUCGGCAAUUCGUACGACACCAAUUGCCAGUGUCCACCGUGUUUGCCCAAAUUGGAAGAUAAAAUCAAUUAUGCCUUUAAACUGUGCGGUGGUUUGGGUAUAUUCUUCAGUUUUACAGAGGUACUUGCUGUAUUUUUAGCCCGUCGUUAUCGCAAUCAAAAUGAUCCUGACUAUUUGCCAGCACGUGCAGUUUUCCCCCAUAACUAUAUUUACUAAGAAGAUGCUUAGAACAAGCCAUCCUUCACUAGUGGAAUCUCCGUUUUUUUGCUUUCAACGAACAAAUUUUUAGUUAAGAAUUAAAAUAUUUCCCCCCAAGAAAUAUAGAAACAAAAAUUGAACAAAUUAUGAAAAAAGUGAAAAUUAGGCAACUAUAUAAAUAAUAUGAAUCAUGUUAAUAGUCAUAGUUACAUUCUUUUAGUUUAAUUGUAUAUUAUUUUGCCUUUUAUUAUUUGUUAAGUAUAUAUAUUUAAUUAUUUUAAAUUUUUUGAUGUAUUUCAUUAGUCGAAAUGGGACGAAGGCUGAUUAUGAUUUUUUUGUUCAAUAUCUCUCCGACAUGAUUAUUUUAAGAACUACAAUUUUGUACACAUUUUUUGUUCAUACAUAUAGUUAAUAUUUUUUUGUUUUCAAUGAAGUCAUAGUCAUCGUAUACAUUAGAUUAUACAAUCAGUCAACUGUCAGUGUACAAUGUUGUUUUUGUCGACCAAGAAAUGAAAAACCAAAAAUUUAUUUUAAAAUCCAUUUAUUUUGAGAUUAUUUUAAAGUAGUGCUAUUUUAUUUUUCUGUAAUUUAUUUUUGGAUUACUUAAUAGAUGUUAAAAUCAAAUGCUGAUACGUGUUUUUUAUUAAUUUCCAUUUUUCUAGAUUUGUAAUUAUUUUCUUGUGUACACAUAACUUGCAAAUUGUAUAAAAACAAGUAUAUUUUUAAUUAUUUUAGGGCUGUGUGUAUGAAAAUAUAAUUUAAAAACCAACAUUUAAUGUAUUUUUUGGUAUUUUAAAAAUUAAAAUAUAGUGACAGGUCAAUAGGUCCCAUCUUUAUUUAUACCCUCCAUCGUACAUAGUAUGGCGGGUGGUUAUAUUAAUUUCGUCAUUCCGUUUGUAACUCAUCGAAAUAAUAGUUUUAGACCCAACAAAGUACAUAUAUUCUUAAUCAGAGUAAAAUUCUAAGAAGAAUUAGCCCUGUCCGUCUGUUGUAAACACGCUAUAGUCAAAACGAAUUAAGAUAUAAAGCUACAAUUUUGUACAGAUCAGUCUUUUAUAUCGUCCACGAUAUCGUAUGGUCCCCAUACAACGGUACCUCCGCUAUUCGGUGUUUUGAUGAUUAUAGCCACAUUUUUCAAUGGAAUUGUCUAAAAAUCCUCACAAGUAGUUCCUUCUGAGUACUUUACCCUCUGGAAGAGAAUUGCCUAUAAAGGUCCACGAUAUGGUAUAGCCCCCAUACCACGGUACACCCGAUAUUCGGUAUUUUGAUGAUUUUAAAGACAUUAUUCACCGGAAUUUUUUUCAAAUUUCGUAUUUGAAUCUCGUAAUGGGUACUAGAGCCUACCACAAAAAAUUACGUAUAGGCCCCGUAUAACAAUACCUCCCAGCAUUCGGUAUUUUGAUGAUUAUAUGGAUAUUAUUUUCCGGAAUUGUAUCAAAUUUCCCUCCCUGUAUUCAGUAUUUUUAUGAUUAUAAGGACAUUAUUCACCGGAAUUUUUUCAAAUUUUGUAUUUGAAGCUAGUAAUGGGUGAGAAAAAAUUCGUACGCAGGUCCACGUCGUAUGGCCCCCAUAUAACGAUACCUUCCGAUAUUCGAUAGUUUGAUGGUUAUAGGGACGUUAUUGACCGGAAUUCUUUCAAAUUUCGUAUUUGAAGCUCGUAUCGGGUACUACAAUCUAUUGUGUAUGCAGGUCCACGUCUCCGUAUGGCCCCCACAUAAUGAUACCUCCCAAUAUUCGGAAAUUUCAUGAUUAUAGGAAAAUCAUUCAGCGGAAUUGUUUCAAAUUAUGACGGAAAAUUGCCUAUGUCGGUACACGUUUUCAUUUAGCCCACCGUAUUCGUAAAGUCCCUAUGUAACGGUUUUCCUUUGAGCAGUAUUUUCGACAGAUUUUUACUUUUGCCCGACCACAUCUUCGUAAAGCCCCCAUAUGACAGUUUUUCUUUAAGCAUAUUUUCGACAGGUUUUUUUGAUAUUUUUCCAGUUCCUUCAAAGUGAUGGAGGGUAUUAAAAGUUCUUCUUCAAUUUCCCUCGUUGUUAUAAAAAAACAAAGCAAAGGCUACAGUCGAGCGGGGCCGACCGUUGAAUACCCUACAACACUAUAAUAAACAAUACAGUUUAUAUAGGCGAGAUACUCGAAAGAAUUCCACAAGAUAUUGUGACAAAUAAUAAAAGAAAACCAUCAGGUUCCGUUCUCUAAUUUUCGAAUAAUAGCAACUUAAACUAAUUUGCUCAUUUCCAAUUUAUUGGUAGAUGUUUCAUGUAAAUGGUCUUCCUAGAUGAGGAACCAAUAUUUCCCAAAGACCUAUAAUUUCUCAGAAGUGGCAAAAGAUUAACAUUUAUUAUUGGUUUUUGACUGAAACGCAUCUAUAUGAGAUACAGACAUUUGACUAUGUUCUUCAACGAAAUCAGCGUUAACGAAAUAGUCUGAAGUGCGUCUUUCCUGUAUUUGUGAAUUCUCCAAAAAGUCACUGGAAUGGACAUUUUCGUAUUUUGUCUACAAAAGUUGGCAAACUAUUUCACACAUUGAAUAUUUUUGGAUGGCCAUCCAAAACUGCUUGGCUUUUGUAAUGUCCGGUAACCCCCAUUCAAAUGUGCGUGAGAAUCGGGCGAUAAUUACGACCUGCAGACAAUUUUGCAGUUUUUUGGUCCAUUUUAACCCCUAAAUAUAUGGCGAUCAUCUCCAAAAAGAGUAAGCUUCUAUUCUGACCCUCAUCUUAUCUCCAUGCAAAAUUUCGUAAGGAUCGGGCCAUAAAUGCGAUCUGUAUAUGAUAUCCUGAUAUCCUAACUACUUAGUUUUGUUAGCUGUAGAAAUAUUAUCAAAUGUUUUAUUCAAAAUGAAAAUAUGCCAAAAAUAUGACAAAAUUGAAAAAAAUAUGAGAAAAUAUUACAAAAUCAAUAUUUUCAUCUUUAGAGAGAUAUUUUUAUGCAAUUUUUUUAGACGUUUUUUCUUCCUGUCAAGAGGCCAUUCUGAAUUAAUGAGAACUGUGGAAAUCAGUUCAGCCGUUCUCGACAUAUAAGAGAUUUUUCAAGCAUAUCUUCUUUGAUAGACAUAUAUAUCGCACUUAUUUUUCUAUAUAUCCGAUUUGUUGGAUGUUAACAUCAAUGUAAAGAUCAGAAGUAAACUUGUCAUGGCUUUGUGAUUUCGCCGGGAUUUAAAAUAUUCGCGAUUUAAUGAAAAAUUUUGAAUUUUUUUAACAAAAAAGAUAUGACCUAUUUUACCCGCUAAAUAUUAUCCGAUGACCACCCAAAUUGGUAGGCUUCUUCCCCGCCCUAAACUCUAGCUACAUGCGAAAUUCCGUUGUUGUGUUGUAGGGUAUAAUUAAAAACAGCUCCAAUCAAUUACCUGUUAAAGUUAUAUGUUUCAGACUUGUCAGAAUUCCCCACUGAAAACCUUCUCAUGAUUUCUGUGGGUCAUUAAAUGGUUUCUUCCCCUAUGUCAGCAUAGUUAUAUGCUAUAUUUCCUUGGGCAUUACCGUGUGAGUCAUCCAAGUCAAUAUAUGGUGGACAGAACUCCGACCCAGGCGUGUCAGGAAGGACCUAAGGACCAUUGCAGCUGAAGAACACCAGUUGCCUAGACAAACCAGGGUAGUUUGUGGCGCAAUUACGUUCAGGAUGGUGUAGUCGUCUCAAUUCAUAUUGGGCACGAGUUGAUGAUGUGUGUGACGUCUACCCGGCGUGUAAUUGCACAGCCAAACCUACCCAACUCACUCCAGAAGAUCUCUGACUACAGCCCAUUAAAGUAGCUGAAUUUUUAAACCUGGAGCUUGAACCAAAUUAGCAGAACGCAAACACUUACAUCUACUACUGCUACAACAACAACUACAGCCUGAAUUUCAUCCUCUGAGUCCACCCCAUUCAAAGCGAAGGUCAUAAGCUGCGAAGCUUCAACCAAACCAUCCACCUUCUUUUUACGGUUUUUGGGAGAGAAGACGUUAGGCUAAGUUAAGUCACUCGGAGACCUACUGGUCCAUUGUGUUUAUCCUAGAAAGAAUAGUAAAAGAAGGAAAGGGGAAUGGAAGAGAGUGAAGAUUGAAUUAUAAAGUUGUUCUGGCUAAUUGAAGAAUUACUGUAGGGUCAGUGUGAUUAUACCCACCACAAGUUUUAAAUCAGGUUUCGACAAUGACAUUAUCGACUUUGUUCUCUUCUCCGAGAGUAUGGGACAGAUUCUUUUGUAGAUGUACAAUCCCUUUCGUCCAGCCAUUUUUAUUGGAUUCUCUCAGAGUAGUGUCUGUGAUUAACCUGUAGGAAGUGGGACUGGGGUGGUUUAACCGAGUUCUCUACUUCAAUAGUAGUUGAUUCGGAUCCUAGCCUGGGCAAUUCGUCUGCUGUCUCGCUGCCUGGAAUAUUAUAAUGACCAGGAACCCAACAGAGCUUGAUGGACAACCCAGUGUUUUUCAAGGCUCUUCUGCAGUUCAAAACAACCCUAGACUUAAUGGUGUAGGAAUUUAAGGCCUUCAGUGCCGCCUGACUAUCGACGUAUAUAGUCACCGGACCGCUAACCCCACUAUUCCUAGUGACCAGCAGGUCUGUGGCCUUUUUGACGGUUUUCCGCCUGGAAUACGCUACAGUCGUUUCCAUGCUUGUAGGAUUCACGAACAUUAAGGGUAUUACAGAAGACACCAGCUCCCGUUUCACUUUCCAUUUUUGAACCGUCGGCAGAGAAGACGUUUAUAUAUCAUUAAAAAAGAGUGGCAUGGCUUUAACUAGUAUCAGGGGCCUCAAUAAUCUGGUUUUCUUCUUCACUGCAAAUUUCAGAUCAUUAAGCUCGUCUUGCAAGAAAAAUAAAGGAAAAAAAUUUUGACCUUAACAAGGCAAAACUUCAGAAAUUUCGAAGUAUUUUUACGAUUAUUAAAGAUGGCUGCGGUUGAGAUUUCACUAGGUGGAUACUCAAGAAAAAAAAAGGAGUAUUGUUUUAGUAUUUUAAUGCCGGUUUCUCCAUUGUCAAUUUUUUAAUGUUCAGGCUGACCUUUUUUCCUUAAAAGUAUUUAGAGAUCGUAAUCUGGGUACAGUAGAAACCCUGUAUAACUUCUGUUCAAUUCAGCAGAUAUCUCGGUGUUUAGGACACUGAGUUUUCAGUUGGGUCCACUUAUACAUUAAGGUCCACUUAUUCACUUAUAUUCACAACAAACCACACAGCUCUAAAUCGUUUAAAAAAUCAAUAAAAUAAUAAAUCUCUACCUUCAACAUUUUCGAUACCAAAAAAAGCCAAAAUACAAUCAUUAACAACUCACCUAUCCAACAAACUACAGAAACUAAUAUAAAAUUACAACAAUAUUUGGAAACACAAGAAAUAAAAAAAAAUUAAAAAUAAAUUAAACGUUCCAUGAAAUUUUGAGAUUAUGUGUACAAUAAAAUACAAAAAAAAACUAAAGCAACAAUUUCAAUACUAAAUGUCCAUAAAAA